UGGGGCGGCGCAAAGCUAAUAAGUGGGACAUACGCUCCAGCAUCUCAGUAUUUCGUAGUGAACUCGCCAUCAAGUCGGACCAUCCGUCUUGAAGAGCUAUCCUCGUGUUUCUUGUCGAGCUUACCUUGCGAAGGUAGUCGCGAGCUCACCCACGUACACUCGUCGCUCAAGUCAUAUUUCAGCGAUAUGGCGCCGAAUUUGUUCGGCAGUUCAGCGACUUUAUUUCUGGAAGCUUCUCAGCAGGAUGUGUCGCAAAAGAAAUCAGCGGCAGAUAAGACUGUAACGCAAAAAUUGGCAAUCCAAAAGGCACAAAGUUCGAAACCUAAGUACCAGUGGAAGAUUGUCUGGAGAAACCUGAUAGCCUUUGUCUACCUUCAUCUCGGUGCAGUUUACGGAUUGUAUAUUUUAUUAACGGCCGCCAGAUUUUACACGUUCCUUUGGAAUUUGGUAGUCGUAGUGUUUGCGGCUAUUGGUGUUACAGCAGGUGCUCACAGACUAUGGGCUCAUCGGUCUUACAAAGCGAAAUGGCCGAUGAGAGUUAUUCUUAUGCUUUUACAGACCACGGCUUUCCAAAAUCACCUGUACGAGUGGGUAAGGGAUCACAGAGUGCAUCAUAAAUUUACAGACACAGAUGCGGACCCGCAUAACGCAAAGAGAGGCUUCUUCUUUUCGCAUAUAGGCUGGCUCAUGCUCCGCAAGCAUCCGGACGUUAUUACCAAAGGAGCAACGAUCGACAUGAGCGAUCUCGAGAAGGAUCCCGUCGUCGUCUGGCAACGCAGGCUCUACAUUGUCCUGAUGCCUGUUUUCUGCUUCCUACUUCCCACCUGGGUACCGUGCUACUUUUGGAAUGAGAAACUCAUGUACGCGUGGUACGCCACCCUAUUCAGAUACACGAUACAGCUGAACGUGACCUGGCUGGUGAAUUCCGCGGCCCACAUUUGGGGCAUGAAACCGUACGAUAACACCAUUAGCCCCACCGACAGCUACAGCGUCGGCAUCAGCGCUUUCGGGGAAGGAUGGCACAACUACCAUCAUGUUUUCCCGUGGGAUUACAAGGCCGCCGAAUUGGGCAACUAUCGCACAAACUUCACUACCGCCUUUAUUGACUUUUUCGCCUGGAUCGGCUGGGCGUACGAUCUGAAGACCGUGGCAUUAAGCAUGAUAAAGAAACGCGCGGCCCGAACAGGCGACGGCUCGAAAUAUGAGCGAGACGAUCAUCAUGACGAGCAUGAUCAUACGCACGAGGGGGCUAUAUGGGGAUGGGACGACGCCGAUAUGGCACCCGAAGAUAAGAAGGGGGCUCAGAUCAUUAAUAAGUCCGACUGAGUUCCGAGAUUCAAUUCCAAAAACCUCUAUACGUGACAUUACACCCGGUCGGAGUUACGCAGAACUUGGACGUCCGACAGACGUUUGUGGUUUAUGAUGGUGUUGUAAAUUUAUAAUGAAUUUGGUGAGAUCUCUCGUGUCUCUGAAGGUUUAGUACAUAUCACUAUACAUCAUGUGAGGUAUUGUAAUUUUUUUUUAUAGAUGUCUAGUACUUAUUUCAUCAUCAAUCAAUGCAUAAUAAUAACGAUGAUGGUGAAAUUGCCUCAUUUUUUUUUUCAAUAGCUCUUGUGUAAAAUUGUUUUAUUUUUUUCCAACAGCUCUUAAUUGAUGGAAACGACGCGUGUAAGACACGCGACUGUGAUUAUAUAUACAAUUUCUUUCAAAUUUGUAAUUUUAAUAUUAUAUUAUAUUAAUAUUAUAUUAUAUUAUCUCA